CGGGGAUUCCAGGAGCGGCAGGCGCACCUGGGGGCAGUUUCAUGAGCCGACCAGACACAGUGGCUGAGGCUGCGACGCCGAAGACUGGGACUGCAGAGCUGGACACGGGAAGCCAGGCACCUGGCUGAGCCUCUGACCCUGAGCCCGAAAGCCCGCAGGCAAGUCCAAGAGCUGGGGGCACUCAGACAUCCAACUCCACAGACAGGCACCUGUGCAGAGGAGCCACGAGGAUGGCACACCUGCUGGGCAGCCCGGCCUGCAUGGACAGCCUGCGCAGGGACCUCACCGACCUUCAGGGCGCAAUCGUGGACGUGUUCUCGCGUGCCGGGCCCGUGCGCUUCCCCUCCUGGAAGUUCCCUGACCGCAUGGCCUGUGACCUGGACAUGGUGGCCCUGCUAGAGCACUACGACCACGUGCCGGGUGACCCCGAGUUCACGCAGCUGUCCCACGCUGUGCUGCUGGAGCUGGUCAUCGACAGGUGAGAGCCUGGACCAAACCUGGUCAUCUCAGGAUGCUGGCACCCACCCCAUAAACCAGUAGCAGCCACAGGAUCCGCUUCUGGCGGGGAUGAUGACAUUGAUGACAACAAUCACCUUUGACUGAAUGCUGUCGGGGGCCAGCUUGGUUCAGGGCUCUCAUAGCGAUCUCACCUGUGUCGUGAGUGCUGUGUGUCUUAUAGUCCACCUUCAGGGAGUUGCUGGCCACCCUGUUGGUCUCUGUGACACCACAGCUCUGACGGCUACUUCUCCAGCCACCGCCAGCUGCUUCCUUAGGGUUUCUGUGUGUCGAGGAUACUGCAGCUGCUGCUCAGACUUUCCAUCCCAGGCUGUUUUUCCUGCCCCUUCCAUGUGUCACAGGGCCAGACAUGGGAUGUGCUUUUCCAAAUCCUGGCCCUGCUGGGAAGGUGGCCAGUGGAUUCCCCUGCAGCCCCACCACUUCUACACUGUCAUUCACAUUAGCAUGGUCAUCAGCCUCCACUCCCUGGGGACCGCAGCCCAGGCUCCAUGUGCUCCAAACUUUGCCUGCUAAUGAAGUCACGGGAGCCAGACAGGCAGGAACCCCAGCAGUUUGGGGAUGACCUGCCUGGAGACAAUUAGAAGCCAGGGUAACCACUCAGAGGCCUGGAGGAGCCGACGGUGUGAAAGCACUACCUGGACCCUGUAGGGGGCUGAACAUGUGUGAGCCCAGAACACACCUUCCUUCCUUGCUGUGCCCUCUGCUAGGAGUGCCCCACCUACUCGUCCCUGGACUGGCCGAGCCCGUCAGGGCCCAGUUCACCCAUCCGCCUUCUAGAAAGCUGGAGCUGACCCGCCUUCCCAGCCCUCUCCCGGCCCCUCUGUCCAGGCCACUCUCCACCCUCCAGUGCUGCUCAUUCAUUGUGCCCAUUCACAGAGGAGGACACCUUGGCCCAGAGAGGGGCAUGGCCUGGAGCGGUCAGCACCCCCUCCCCUAGGCCCUCUCUGCCCAAGGGCACAGUUGGUUUGGGAUGA